UUUUCUUUUUUUUGUUGUUGCAUCAUCAAGCCUCAAAUAAAAAAAAUAGGAUGUCGAAAAUGACACUCGCGGCGGCGACGCUGUGCUUGGUUGCACUAAGCCUAAGGCACGUGGUGGUAGGUCAAGAACCCGGGGACGACUUCGUUAAGGCACACAAUGCAGUUCGAGAGAAGAAAGGGGAGCGUCCGGUGUUCUGGGACGAAUUACUUGAAGAACAUGCUAAAGCCUAUCUCCAAACCAAGGUGGAAACUUGUGAGAUGGUGCACUCCACAGACUCUCCUUAUGGGGAGAACCUGGCCACGUCAAAUGGGGAUUUGACGGCGGAAGGUGCGGUGGCGGCAUGGGCGGCUGAGGAGAAGUACUAUGACCAUAAAAACAACAGAUGCGUGGGUGGUGAGUGCCGCCAUUACGUCCAAUUGGUGUGGAAUGCCACUUUUCUUGUGGGUUGUGCCACUGUUAAGUGCCGUAACACUUGGACUUUGGUUGGAUGCAAUUAUAAUCCUGCUGGUAACAUUGUCGGCGAGGAGCCCUAUUAGUUCAUCAUCAUCAACCUUUAUUUCUUUCAUUAUUAUUACUCAAUUUCCUCAUCCCAUUCCCAUUCCUUUCUUAACUAUUAUUACAACCAUUCUUUGUUUCAAUUUCUGUACUUCAUUUCAAUUCCAUUGCCGGGUCAACCCUGGUUAUUCCAUUUUCAA